GUACAAGCAGCUCCUCAACAAGUGGCUGAAGACAAAUUUGUAUUUGAUUUACCGGACUAUGAAAACAUCAACCAUGUAGUGGUCUUCAUGCUGGGAACUAUACCAUUUCCAGACGGAAUGGGAGGAUCUGUCUAUUUUUGUUAUCCGGACCAGAGUGGGAUGGCAGUGUGGCAGCUGCUGGGGUUUGUCACUAAUGAGAAGCCAAGUGCCAUCUUCAAAAUUUCUGGUCUGAAAUCUGGGAAGGGAAGUCAACAUCCUUUUGGUGCCAUGAACCUCCCUCAGACACCAACAGUGGCCCAGAUUGGAAUCUCCGUGGAACUUCUGGAGAACCUGGCCCAACAGACUCCUGUUGCAAAUGCUGCUGUGUCAUCAGUAGAUUCGUUCACAGAGUUCACUCAGAAGAUGUUGGAUAACUUCUAUAACUUUGCUUCCUCAUUUGCUGUUACUCAGGCACAGAUGACACCAAAUCCUUCUGAGGCUUUUAUUCCUGCAAAUGUAGUUCUGAAAUGGUAUGAGAACUUCCAGAGACGUCUGACACAGAACCCUCUCUUCUGGAAAACAUAAGCUUAAAUGUUGUCACUGGAAGUGCUUUCUAAGCAGCGCUAUCUGAAAGAUGCGGCAAGUAACUCCGCUGAAGAAUUUGAGGGAAAAAGAAAACGAUUAGUCUGAAUAGACGAACUUGUAACUUUUGUAUUACUCUUGAAAAUUAUUUAAAAUUAAAAUCCAUUAAAACUA